CCCAACUCGUACUAUUUUAUGGCUCUCUUGUCCGCACAGUUCGUCCCAUGCGAGCCAUCCGCACCGUGAAGCCGCUCCCACCACGGCGACGCGUGGUUCGGUUUCCGAAUCUUGAAGCGUGAUCGCUGCUUAAUAGCGACCCGGAAGAUUCCCCCAUCUCGCCGCCUCUCUCUCCCUCUCCGAUUUGGUCGUAGAUCUCGUGGAUCGGCUCUGACACUGGUGCUCGCCCUCCUUCCCGGUCGAUCGACGAGGUGCUUCGAGGGGCGGGGUGAUGAAUGUGAGGCGGUCUGCGGGGGAUCUUUGAUGUGCAGCGGUGGAAGAUCGUGAGUGAGGAGGCGGGAGGGGGGAGGUGCGAGGGGAGAAGGAAGGGUUUUGGGGUGAUUUGUGGGCGGGAAGAGGAGAUCCGAGGAGGAGAUGAGCGCGUCGAGGUUUAUAAAGUGCGUGACGGUCGGAGAUGGCGCGGUCGGGAAGACCUGCAUGCUGAUUUCCUACACCAGCAACACGUUCCCCACGGACUAUGUGCCUACUGUUUUCGACAAUUUCAGUGCAAAUGUCGUGGUAGAUGGUAGCACUGUUAACCUAGGUCUAUGGGAUACAGCAGGCCAGGAAGAUUACAAUAGACUAAGACCUUUGAGCUAUCGUGGAGCUGACGUUUUUCUUCUUGCCUUCUCUCUGAUUAGUAAGGCCAGCUACGAAAAUGUUGCUAAGAAGUGGAUUCCUGAAUUGAGGCAUUAUGCCCCAGGGGUUCCUAUAAUUCUCGUUGGAACAAAACUUGAUCUUCGGGAUGACAAGCAGUUUUUUAUUGAUCACCCCGGUGCUAUGCCAAUCUCCACUGCUCAGGGGGAAGAGCUGAGGAAGCUAAUUGGAGCUGCUGCUUACAUCGAGUGUAGUUCAAAGACGCAGCAAAAUGUCAAAGCUGUUUUUGAUACAGCCAUUAAAGUUGUACUUCAGCCACCAAAGCAAAGGAGGAAGAAGAAGAGAAAGACACAGAACACCUGUUCCAUUUUGUGAAGGGAAUAAGCAAGAGGAGAUGAACGAGGAACCACCAGCUAUCAUUGUCGUAUCGCAUUGCUUUGUCAAAGGAAUUAGCUCGUGUUGUACAGUUUGCUGAUCGCCCUAGUGAGCUAUAUGAACCUAUCAGGUGAUUUGUUAAAUUGUCAUUUGGAUCUCUUUGGUGCUAUGAUUCUGUCAGUACUGCACGACUACGUAAGGUGUUCUUCACUCUUUAUGAUGCUUGUGUAAAGGCAGGGGGGCUUCUAUGGUCUAUCUAAACUGUUUGACCAGAAGUUCUAUGUGGUAAUUGUUGUACCUUAAUCUGUAUCUCACUGGCAAGAUUUUCUAAACUUUGAUAGUUGCAUCUUUUAGCAA